UACCAUUUUGUUUCUCUUUCUGGCUGAACUUGAAGGUAGUGGCUCUCAGUUCUGCUCACUACAUGUUUCUGAGCAAACACCAUGGAGGAAGGUUUGAUCAAUCUCUGUAGGAGUAGAAUAGUGCGUGUCUUUAUUGGAUUUUUAAGAACGUUUUCACUUGCGGCACAGGGAAGCACUGAGGUUGAUUCUUGGUCUGACAAACCCUGGUGUUGGAGAAGCUGUAGUUAUUGCGGGAGCCCAGCAGAAGCCCAGUGUCUCUGAGACAGUAGAGAUGUAAUACUGGCUGCAGGAGCUCUCCUUGGGAAGGGAGAAUGGGUGAAGAAGCCAUUCAGGGCCACGAAUGGAAAAUCCCGUUUCUGCCUAAUCCUGAGAGGUCCCUCUGCUCUGUGCAGCAGUGUGAUACACUUAGAUGCUCCAGGGAUGUGGUGGGACCAUGAAAUGUAUGGCUGGGUCUCCGGACCUCCAAAAGCAUUGCACUCCUUUCUGCUCAUCAGCAGGCUUCAUGCUGUGCUUUUUUUGGUCUGGCAUAAAAGCAGUUAAACAAGGUGGUGUAAACACAGAAAGCUUUGCAGAUUUACUUAAGGGUUUCUAAAUAAAUACAAAAGACUGCCUACCUUUGAGCGUGUGGGGGAGAGGAGGGGCUGGCUUGUAGGGCAAGCAUCCUUCUGCGUUUGCAUGUUGACACUGCUGCCAUUUUUUAAACAGCAAUUAUCAGACUAAGGGCUCAGGGCUUGCUUCAUGCUCCCCUGCCCUGCUUGGGCUCUUCUGACUGUGGUGGCAAGAGGUACCUCAGCUGGACUGCUUCUUGUACGUCGUGCAUGUACCAGAUAGCAGCCCCUAUCCUGAGCCUAAGUGUGUCAUUCCAAUAAUAGCGUCAAGUUUUCAAACUGGAGGGAUACUUUUUUUUUUUGGUGGUGGUUAAUGAUUAAUUAGGUCAAACCCUCCCAAAUUAGACUGCUGGAGAAGGAAUAGGCCGACCGAUUGCAUUUGUAGCAAAACCUUGCAGUAGAAACAGAUGUGGGCUGAUGCCAGCUCCCCUGCCAACACACUCUGUCCCAUGCCCCAAACCCGCCAGUCCCCAGAAGAGGUUCAUUUUUAAAAUUGCAUCCAUUAAUAUCCCAAUUUCCUUUCUCCCCCCCUUUCCAAAUCUUGCGUUAAACCCCUGUAGAUUCUGCUUUAAGUAGGCAAUUAAGCUAACAACAUAAUUAUAUCCCUUAAUGCUCAUUUUAACCGGUUUUAGAGAAGAAACAAAAGGGGAAAGCAGCCUCAAAUAUAUGGAAAUAAAAGCUCCGUUGUAAGGGUAUUUUUGAUAGUCGUGAUGAUUUGUGUGAGGUGCUGAGUUUGCCCACGAGUGGCUCCAGGGAAGGCAGGAGGUCGUGGUUAAGAGCCUUUCAGGCAGUGCAGGACUGCACUUUCUGAGUGUCCUUUUUCUGAACCCUCAUCCGACUGCAGAUUUAGGGGGAUCCCAUGAGGCUUCUGAGUGUGUCCACUUCGUGCUGGAGUACAGUGGCUGCAUAGCUGCGGUACGAGAGCUUUCUCGUUUUUUAUUACCUAGGCAAUUAGUCACAGGAGACCAAUACAGUGAGUCCGCAAGCUGCCGCCUUGCCAUAUGUGUGAGCAGAAAAUAGAGCGCUGCAAAAUAACAUUGAUGGAGAAUUAUUGUAGUGAAUCCGUGCCAAUUUAGUGGAGCUGCUUUGCUCCCUGUGCAGAGGCAGAUCUGGAGGGGAACGGCUGCGUAGUGCCCUCGUGGUAGCAGGCAGAAUAACUUUGUGGUUUUCUACAGAGUAUGCAACAUCCACACAGAUCUGUUUGCGAGGCACAAAGCUGUGUGAGGACCCUCCAAGCCUACAGCCAGAAAGCCGUUUUGGCAUCUCAGAUUUUGUUGAAGAAUCCAGAUGCUUGGUUGGUGCCGCCUUUCUGGGGUUAACUGGUGGCCCUGGAACAUUGGUAGUGCAGUACGGACACAGGAACUGCAGAUGCUGCUCUCAUUUACAGAAAUACGCCUUCAUUUUCACUCUCCUUUACCCACUCUACUUCCAGCGAGGAAGUGGAGAUGUCGUUCAGGUGCUGUGGGUCCUGGGACCAGUGAGGGUCCUCUCUCACUGUGCAAGGGCAGUGAUCUUGUUCUAGGGGGAGGACCAGCUUCUCCACAUUUUCUUGAUCAUUCAGGUGGAAUUAAAAUAAAUGUUUACUUUUCUUAAGAAAAAGAGCUAUGAGGAGUAAGGUAAUGCUGAAGCAGCUGUAAUGCUUGGCAGAGUCACCUGCAUGCCAGCUUGUGCUGCUUUGAGUAUCUGCUCCUUUUGGCUGUCACCUAUGAGCACCUUGGUUUCUGGGUGCAGGGAGCUUGUAUGGGGAAAUAUUUACGCAACUGCUUCCUUAAGAGCAUUGGGGACACCCGCAGGAUGCUUUCUCACAUGCUCAGCAGUCAAUGCAGGAGGUGUUGUGAGGGUCGGAAGGACCUGCCUGCAGGUAAUGCAGGCUGUGUGCAUCACUGCCCACAAAAGUGCAGUGAGCAUCUCUUGGAGGCAUGGCUUGAUGAACUGCAGCUUCUGGUAAUGCAAAGAAUGUGGCUUAUUGUUUAAUUUUCUUUAUUUCAUUGGUAAGUAGCCAUUAUUUAGUAAGAUGUUUCUGUUUUUUUGCUAAGUGGCCUGGUACUCCAGAGUAGGAAUAUGUUUUCCGCCUCAUCCCUAAUUGGGCCAAACUAGUCCAUCACUGGUUGAGUUGGAGUAAAAGGAAGCCAUGAACAAGAUGUAGUGAGAUGAUGUUUUUUAGCACAGGUUUUUGGGGGCUACAGUUGGAAAAGGAGCAGGAUGAUUUUCCCUGUUCAUGGAGAAUACGAUGCAGCAGCUCACUGCCAAGCGUCUGCAGGCCCAGAGCAGAUCUGUGACCUGGUGCAGCUUCAGCAAACAUCCGUAGCCCUGUGCUUGGGUGCCUGCUCACACACUUAGAGAUCCGGAGCAGUGAGUGAGGACCUGUGGCAUUUGUGAAGGGCUGGAGAUGCCCCACUGAAAUUGCCAGUGUGAUGAAGCAAGGAAUGGCUGCAGCGAAGGUGUGUCCUGGCCUCAGUUUGGUGUUUUGGGAGGAUUGUAAGGUUCUCUGCAAGGCUCUCUUGCUCUUGUUUGGGGAUGUGCUUCUCUUCUGUCCCCAUCUCUCUCUGCUCAGCCUUCUCCUGGACUCAGGAGCACACCGUGUCCUUGGAAUGCAGGACAGUGUGGAUGCAGAGUGAAUCAAAGUCGAGGUCUGCUCGGCCAGGAUGCGGUUUGGGGAUGCAGAGACAGCCCCUGGUGUUCACUGGACUUUCACACAGGUGCUCCGAGUUACUGCGUCUUUUCUUACUUUUAAUCCCACACCUGGAAACUUACGUGCAGAAAAUAAUUCUUGGACUUAAAUUUUCCGUGUCUUCAGUAGGGUGAUUGUUUGGAGAUGAUGUGCCGUAAGACACUCCCAGAACUUUGAGUGUGCCAUGUUCCUUGUCUGCCCAGGGUAAGUAGCUGUCUGUGGGACUGCCGCAGUGCAGGUGGGAUCCCUUUCUGGGGAAGUUGCCAAAGCUGGGGUAUGUGAGCUUUUCCCAGCCCAGCAUCUUCUGCAGUUGGUGGCUGUGGGAGGCUGCAGCAGUUGGGGAAUUUCUGGGGACGUCUCUGAAGGGGGCAGCAGCUCUUGGCCUGUUUCUUUUUCAUGCAGAGGACCACGGUUCUGUUAUUGUGGGUUCGUGGCUUUUUUUUGCAAAGGUCAGUCCUGAGAUGGGUUUUGUCAGAGCAUUUGUACUUCUUCACGUCACAGCUGUGGUUUUCCAGCACUGCUCUGACAAAACCUUGCUGGUGGCAGAGCUGUGCAAUUAAUAGAUUUUUGGUUUCCUUCAAGCACCAACAAAUUGAAAAAUUCCUUUUUGGGUUGAGCUGAAGGAAAAAUGUAUUGAUUUUAAUACAUAUAUUUUUGAAAAAUAGAAGAACAACAUUUUGGGUUACGUAGUGCUGGGUUGCACAGAACUUGGGGCUCGUUUCCUUUAGGUUUUUUUUGAACAUUCUGUAGAGUUCUUGCUUUAAGAAGUAAGCAGGGUAGGUAUUUUGCCUGUGUAAAUCAGAAAAUUUUACAUGCCAAUCUGUGGUCACUUCCACUUUUUGAAAUUGAGUGUGAUACUCCAUUUAUGAAUAGUUCAGCAGAAGUGCCAUGAAUCCAUGCAGUGGGCAGUCUUGCUAUGGCUGCACUUCUGGCUGAACGUAAUUUCCCUGCCGCUCUCUGCCCUCCUUUAUUUCAGCUCCGUGAACUACAGAGAACAGAAGGUUGUCUGGGUCCAUGCAGUUUGCCUUGAGAGAAAAUGUCUGUAGCCCAACUGGUGGCUUAAAAAUGUCACUGUGGGACUCAGAGAAGCAGAGGUUGGUGGCACAGAGUGCGCCCACUCGUUCCAGACUAAACUCCAGAAUUUCCCCCCUGUAAUUACUGCUCUUUUUUCAGUUUGGAAAAAUUCAUCCAGCUCUGUGUGCCUUCCCCCUCCUUACUUUUAGAUCAAUGUGGUUUGUCUAUUUUUUUUCUUUUCCCCUUUCCAAAGUAAAAUUACCACCAUUUCGUGCUAUUAUAAAAGCCAGUCAUACAAAAUUGGGCGAGAAGAUUAUGGUCCAUAGUUAACCAUCCAGUGGUAAAGAUUUGUUUAGUUUCACUUCUUAGCCCUUUUCUAAAUGCUGUGAGGGAUUUUUCUUGUUGGAAUAGUGUGGUUUAUUUUAUGGUGUCGGGAACAGGACCAUAAGGAUAACAUUUUUGCUUUCAUACUGUGGUCCAAUGUGUGUGUACCCACCGAGGGAUUUCUCAUAUUGCUAAUUUCUGAUUCUGGAUACUGAUUUUCUGCUUUGGAUUGUCAUAGAUUUGACAAAUAUUUAAUUUUCUUUACAUGCCUCAGAUUUAAACUGAACACUGCUAGUACCUGUGUGUGUAGUGCUGUUAAUUAUGGAGGGACCCAAAGCAUCCUCAAAAAUCUGCAAAAGAAAGAGUAAAAAUGAGACUCAAAUGCAGGGAUCGCAUGACUGCCAUCCCUCACCUGCGUGAGGAGGGAGCAGCUGCUCUGGGAUGUGCACCGCUCUCUGCAGGCUUAAAGGGCAAAGUUUUAGUCUUGCUAAAGCUUCUUCUAAGAAGUGCUUCAUCACUGCACUCCUCCUCAGCCAUGAGGUCCAUAAAUCCAACUCCGGGCUCAGGUGAUUCUGUGAGGAUGUUGUGUGCAGGAGUUGUUUUUAUUUCUUGAUUUUAAUGUUUUCUGAUGUUUUGGUUGGGGCUUCUUGAAGGUCACAGACUUGCAUCAGAGAUGAGCAGGACGGUCUGUGUGGGCCUCUGUCCUUUCCUCACUGAGGAAAGGGCACAAACUCCUCACUGAGGGCUGUGGGCACAAACUGGAGCACAGGAAGCUCCAUACGAACAUGAAGAAAAACCUUUGUACUUUAACGGUGGCAGAGCCCUGGGAAGAAGUUAUCCAGAGAGCUGGUGGAAUCUCCUCCUGUGGACGUACUCAGAACACACCUGAACACUUUCCUGAGUAACCCGAGCCUAGAGCAGGAGGACAGAUGACCUCCAGAGGUCCCUUCCAAUCCCUGUGGUUCUGUGAUUCCGUGAUCUUUCAUGGCUUAUGGUACAGAAGCCUUUCUAGUGAGCCUUGAGCUGUUAGGUGCUUCACUGGCCUUAAUGAGUAUCAGGAGCUCAGGGUUGUGAUGGCAGAAGUGCUGCCAUGUAGCAUGGGAGCCUGUGUCCUGAUUGUAGGGUUGCGUCUGAGAGUGAAUUUGGGGCAGGACCUGCUGCUCCCCCAGCACUCCUCACCCCUCCAACCUCUGCCACCUCUGGAUUUUUGCUCCUCCGUGAUUCUCUCACCAGGUUCUUCUCAGUGAUGCCCUGUGUCAGGAUGGAACACCAGAGAGGCUACGGAAUCUCCUCCUUGGAGACCUUCACAAGCCACCUGGACAUGGUGCAGGGCACCUGCGCUGGGCGUCCCUGUGGGAGCAGGGCUGGGACAGAUAGACCCUGAGUCCUUGCCAUGGAGCUAAUGGAGAGCAUCCAGAGAAAGGCUGUAGAGAUGAGCAAGGGUCUGGAGAGCAUGGACUGCCAGGGUUUGGUCGGAGGAGAGGAGGCUGAGAGGAGGCCUCGUGGCCUGCAGCUCUCAUGGCCGGUGCUUCCUGCUGUGCGGAGGCUGGAUGGCUGCUGGCAUCCACUGUCAGCAAUGGCCGCUCCAUUUCAAAGCACAGCAUUCCUACACAGAGCCAAGAGAUGCACCUCUGCUGUGUGGCCAAGAAAACGUGUUUAACAGAGUAGUAAGAUGUGUGGGAUUCCGUGUAGAAGUGAGUCCUAUUUUAAUUUUCCCUUCACGUGAGCUUGUCUCGUGCAAGAUCGGUUUGUUUUAUCAACUUGGAAAAGUGCCUGCAACAGGAUUUUGUAAGAAUUGAUUUCCUGCGAGUUUCCUGUGAAAUUGGAAACCUGCAGAAAUGGGUGGAUUUCUGAAAUUCUAUUGUGUGGGUUUUCUCCUUUUUUUUUCCCCGAGUAAAAAAAGAACCGUGCCCUCCUCCCCCCGAGCUCUCAUUCCGCAUACAUUUAUUCCUUAAAAAUAUUUCCAGCUGUUUCUUUUUCUGGGAAACUCAUACCAUCUGUAAACAAGUGCCUGAUUCAGAUAAUUCUGUUAUUUUGCCUGGUCACUCUUAUUUUCCAGCUUUUAAUAAUGCGAGAGUUGAGGAGCAAUCAGUAAUGGUUUUUCUCCUCUUCACCCUCAAUUUGAUUAUUUUUCUCAUAAAGAGUGGAGUAAGGAGAGCGCCGAGCAACAGGAGAUGGGAAAAAUAUUUUGAUUACUUUUCGGUUGCUUAUAAUCAAGGAGUAACUCUUCUAAUCCAGGCCAAUUUGCCGCAUUGAUUUAAUUCAUAAUUUUAAUUUCAUGACUUUUCUGAAAAAAAUAAAAACAAAAAUAUAAAGAAUAAAAAAACUGAAACCACCCAAACCGCAGAAGACAAAACCAGCAGCUCAGCGAGGUGCGUCGGGUUGAAGCUUUUUAAUACUUGUUUGAACAGUUGUAGUUUUAGGUUAAAAUUUAUUUAAUGUUCCCUUUCUUCUGUCUACUUCUGCCAGAAUAUUCUACUUGAAUUUCCCUGUGCUGCCACAAGAGAAAAAUUGAAAUUCAAAGCACAGAUUCUGCCAGUGCUUUCAGCGAGUUCAUAAAAUUACUCAUAUGAAUAUUCCCUUGACUCAAAGGCAACUGCUUGCAGUCCUUAAACCUGUCUGGGACUACCUGAAGUAUUGGGAGCCCAAACAAAUGGCUGAAGAAAGCAACAGCAGCGGGAGGAGGAGCUCUUCUAGCAGGGAGUGUUUGAAGAGGAGCCCACGGAGCCCAAAAGCAGAGGGCUCCGAUUCGGUGACAUCUCAGUCCUCACCCAGUGAAGAGGCUGGAAUGAUGACUGAGGUGAAGGUGAAAACAGAGGUACCAGAUGACUACAUCGAAGAGGUGAUCUGGCAGGAUGACACCAAAGAUUCCAAGAAGAACAUAAAAGACGGGCAGGGAGAUGUGCCAGCCGAGAUCUGCGUGGUGAUCGGAGGGGUCCGCAACCAGCAGACGCUCGAUGGAAAAGCAGUGGAACGUGGCUCUCCCGUUGGAUAUACACGAAAUCGAUAUUCAGGGACCUGGAUUUUUGACCAUGCAUUGAGAUACACGUCUGGGUCUUAUGAGUGUGGAAUAUGUGGGAAGAAAUACAAGUAUUACAACUGUUUCCAGACCCAUGUGCGAGCGCAUAGAGACACUGAAGCUGCCUCAGGUGAAGGAGCCUCACAAGGCAACAACUUUAGGUACACGUGUGACAUUUGUGGGAAAAAAUAUAAAUAUUAUAGCUGCUUCCAAGAGCACAGAGACCUGCACGCUGUGGAUGUUUUUAGUGUGGAAGGGGCCCCAGAAAACCGGGCAGACCCCUAUGACCAGGCCGUCAUAGCAGCAGAAGAAGUGAAGGAGGAGGAGCCAGAACCGUUCCAGAAGAUUGGUCCAAAAACUGGCAAUUAUACCUGUGAAUUCUGUGGCAAGCAGUACAAAUACUACACUCCAUACCAAGAGCACGUGGCACUGCAUGCACCUAUUAAGUUCUCUCGAUCUCCACUCUUCGUGGCAGUGAAGACGCAGGGGAGCCAAUCCAGCAAAAAAACACCGACUUCAAUAAACCGAUGUUCCGCCCUCCUGCACCGCACCCCUCCCGGCGUCCCACCGACGUCCCAAUCCCAGAUGUUCCGCGCUCCAAAUUCCGGAUCCCCAGGAAGCAAGGCCAUCACAGCAGAAAGUGCUUUCAGCAGGAGAGUGGAAGGCAAAGCGCAGAACAACUUUGAAGAAACAAACAGCAACUCGCAGAACUCCAGCGCUGUUCAUUCGGGGACAGAAAAACCUAAAGAAAAGAGAUGUAAGCAGAACCCAUCAGAGCCUUACACCUGUGGAGCUUGUGGAAUCCAGUUCCAGUUUUAUAACAAUCUCCUGGAGCACAUGCAGUCCCAUGCAGCUGACAACGAGAACAAUAUUGCCUCUAGCCAGCCCAGAUCACCUCUACCUGUUGUUGAAGAGAAGUGGAAACCGCAGCUCCAAAGAAAUAACGCUAACAACACCUCUGCGAGCGGCUCCGUAGGGAACAGCGCGAUCCCAGAGAAGGAGCGGCAGAACAUUGCUGAGAGGCUCCUGAGGGUGAUGUGCACUGACCUCGGGGCGCUGAGCGUGGUGAGCGGGAAGGAGUUCAUCAAGCUAGCACAGACCCUGGUGGAUAGCGGGGCUCGCUACGGUGCCUUCUCCGUCACCGAAAUCCUUGGUAAUUUCAACACACUGGCUCUGAAGCAUUUGCCUCGGAUGUACAACCAAGUGAAGGUGAAAGUCACCUGCGCCCUGGGCAGCAACGCCUGUCUGGGCAUCGGGGUCACUUGUCACUCGCAGAGCAUUGGUCCCGAUUCUUGCUACAUCCUCACAGCUUAUCAGGUGGAAGGCAACCACAUCAAGAGUUAUGUCCUGGGAAUUAAGGGUGUAGAUAUUCGAGAUAAUGGUGAUUUUAUCCACCACUGGGUACAGAACGUGCUCUCAGAGUUUGUGAUGUCAGAGAUCAGGACGGUGUACGUCACAGACUGCAAAGUCAAUUCCUCUGCGUUCUCCAAGGCUGGCAUGUGCUUGCGUUGUUCGGCCUGUGCCUUGAACUCAGUAGUGCAGAGCGUGCUGAAUAAGCGAACUCUACAGGCUCGCAAUAUGCACGAAGUGAUCGAGCUCCUGAAUGUCUGUGAAGAUCUGGCGGGAUCCACAGGCCUCUCAAAGGAGACCUUUGGCUCCCUGGAGGAGACUUCUCCCCCGCCCUGCUGGAACUCGGUCACCGACUCCCUCCUACUCGUGCACGAGCGCUAUGAGCAGAUCUGCGAGUUCUACAGCAGGGCCAAGAAGAUGAACCUCAUCCAAAACCUGAACAAGCACCUGCUCAGCAAUCUGGCGGCUAUUUUGGCACCAGUGAAGCAGGCUGUGAUUGAGUUGAGCAACGAGAGCCGGCCCACCUUGCAGCUGGUACUGCCCACCUACGUCAAACUGGAGAAACUGUUCACUUCCAAAGCUAACGAUGCUGGCGUGGUCAGCAAACUCUGCCACCUCUUCUUGGAGGCGCUGAAGGAGAACUUCAAGGUUCAUUCGGCGCACAAGGUAGCCAUGAUCUUAGACCCCCAGCAGAAGCUGCGGCCUGUCCCGCCGUACCAGCACGAAGAGAUCAUUGGCAAGGUCUGUGAGUUGAUUAACGAGGUGAAAGAGUCCUGGGCAGAAGAAACAGAAUUUGAACCUUCGACCAAGAAGGCCCGGGCAGCAGGGGAAGCCGCAGCAGCUCAGGAAGAAGAUUGGUUCGGGAAAAAUGAAGUCUAUGAUUAUUUGCAAGAACCUCUCUUCCAGGCCACUCCUGACCUCUUUCAGUACUGGUCGUGUGUUACCCAAAAGCAUACAAAACUAGCCAAGCUAGCCUUUUGGCUCUUAGCAGUGCCUGCUGUUGGUGCCAGAAGCGAAUGUGUAAAUAUGUGUGAGCAGGCACUCUUAAUCAAAAGGAGGCGGCUGCUCAGUCCAGAAGACAUGAACAAACUCAUGUUUUUGAAGUCCAACAUGCUUUAAGACUGUCUUUUAAUUAAAACAAAACUUUAAAACACUGUUCCAAACAAAGAAAAAGAAUUUAAGUUCUAAACACUGUGGACCUCAUUAUGAAUGCCCCUGAAAACCAAGUGCUUUUUUAUAUAUAUAUAAAAAUAUAAAUAUAUAUAAAAUUAAGUUUGAGAGGAAAGCUGAGCACGUGAGAGAGACAGCCCUCUGCCAGGAACGUGCUCCUUUCCAUAGAUAGUGUGUGGACUUGACAGACUUUCUAAUGUUUUCAAGUGGGCAGACCAAUGGGAGGCUGAUGUUCUAAAGUCUUCAGGCAGCUGAGAUCUAAAGUGACUUGAAGUUUCUUUUGUUUCUCCUCCACCCCACCUUUCCUCUUGUCCCCUGGGCCAUCUUGCCAUGGAUAAUCAGACUACAUUGAACAGAGCAGUUCUGCACUGGACUUUGCUCCUUUGAAUAACUGUACACCUUGAGGGCAUUUGUCUACAGCCUUCUUGACAUACGGUGCACGUUAUCAGGGCAGCUGUGUUUUAUGAACACCAAUAUCUUUAGAAAUCAGGAAGGGAGACUUUAAUUUUUUAAUUAUUAUUUCACUUCUUCAUGUAGGGUUUUUCAAAAAAAAAACAAAA